AUGGAGACCAGAACCUCCAAGUCACAGGAACCACAGGCUCUCAACUACGGGCCUAAACAAAGAAAUAGGCCUAAAGAAAGAAAAGACGUCCAGAUAAACGUAGGAUUGAUGGUGCCACAUGGAACUGAUUUAAAACCUCCAAGAGGGAAAACGCUCCCGGUGUUUACAGACCCAGACGUAGCAGCACCUGAUCUACUGAAACACGCUGGGCAGAAAAUGAGAACAUUUAACAAGGACAUGCACGAAGGACCUCAUGUCCCCUUAUGUCCCCUUAUGUCCCCUUAUGUCCUUCUGGAUCCAGACUGCUCAGAGGUGGUCCAUGUGCCGGGGUCAGAUUGGCAGAAUAUAAAGGAAAUAGGAAAGGCAUAUUCCAGGAUCACUUUUUUCAUUUGCCUAGAAAAACACUAUAAAGGAGUGGAUGAUACCUCCGACUCUGAUUCUGAAAUCGUCAUCACAACAAGGAGCAGAGCCGAAUUCAAUCAAGCUGACACUUUGGUUUUUGAACCAAAAAAUUGAAGUACUCCUAAACACAAACUAGAAGAUGAAAGGGAGGAGACGGACAUUUCAUUACCUGACAUCGUGGCAAACCUGUCGCUUCCUAUUGAUCAUAAAAGAGUCAGUCGGUUCAACAUCUCAAGGGCUAAUGUUUGGGAUGGGGCAGUCAGAGGUUUCAAGCGUACAACAUAUUCUGAAACCUGUGACAUGCUGGUCAAAUUUACUGAUGAUACUGGUGUUUUGGAAGAGGGAAUUGACACGGGUGGUCCAAGACGAGAGUUUUUAACUCUACUAAUGAAACACCUAAAAGACCGGCCCAUUUUUGAUGGACCAGAAGGACAUCGGUUCUUGGUCUACAAUGCAAAUGCUGUUAGGGAGGAUGAGUACUACCUGGCAGGAAAGAUGAUUGCUGUGUCAGUUGUGCAUGGAGGUCCAGGACCCCAUUUCCUGUCAGAAGAUCUUGUACAUUAUCUUUCAGGCCAGCCUUCAUUCAAAGCACCAAUUAAUUUAAUAACUGAUGAAGACAUAGGGAAAGCUUUGCAAGAGAUUGAGAGUGCUGCUUCAUUGGAUGCUCUGCAAGAAUGCAUGAUGAGACACAGCACAAUGUUACAGACAGCAGGUUGUCUGAGGCACGUGGCUACUGUCGAAGAAAAGAAAGAAAUCGUGUCCGACUACCUUCAGUGGUAUAUUAUUGACCGCAACUCAUCUGUAAUUGACAGAUUCAGAGAUGGUCUUUCAACCCUGGAGUUUUUGACUGCACUACAGCAACGCCCUACUUUGCUGGCCCCUGUUCUGUGCCACACUGAAAAGCGACUCACUGCUUUUGAACGUGAGAAACUCUUCAAACCCGACCUCAGUCCAUCAGGGAGUAAUCGACGACUUAAAGAAAGUCAAACCAUGGCCUAUUGGGCAGAUUAUCUCCUUGAUUGUGAAGGUUUGUUAGUUUAUUUGUUUUUUAUAACAAGUUAA